AUGGAAUUUGCGCAAGGAACUUGGGCCCUUCGGUCCCAAUUCCAGCAGUUGUUGAGCUCAGGCUCAGCAAAUGCACAGUCAAAGUAUAGCCAACGUGUACGCAACACUGCGGGCAUGACUCGGGGCAUUUUAGAGCAGACCCGCUAUAGUGACGUCCAUGAUCAUACAGGAUCUGUAGGAUUUGGAGCCACCCCAGAGGCGACCCUAACAAAGCCUUAA